UUUGUACGCCAAAUUCAAAGUGUUAAAGAGUUGCCUAAGCUCCUGCUGGCGCCAUUCGUUGACAAGUUUAGAGUGCGGGUGUUUUAACAAGCUGGGGGGAAGUGAGAACGGGCAUCAUCGGAGAGGGGGUGUAAUGAAAAAUUAGGGCGAUUUUAAGCAUAUUAUUAUUUUUAUUAAAUGACAGUAAGAAGUUGCCGCUCCGGGAAAGCGUGAUAUUUUAUCCAGACUUCAGGUUCCAGCCUUUCGGUUACUGACCUACCUAUCAAUAUGAUGUGCGGAUUCACCAGUAACCAGUCUCCAAAAAAGCUCUCUUCAAAAAAAUUGAGUGCCACCAAUGUUCACUUAGAAAUUAGUCCAGUCAAGUGUGACAGUCCAUGCAAAGGCUAUGAAAAUGUACAAGCCUCCUAUUUGGAUACUGCGAAUUGCACAACAGUUACAAGAGGUGCAGACCUCAAAGAUGAUCUGCCUGUACACAACAAGGAGAAUCUUUUGCAUAGAUUUGGUGAUUUAGAAACGCACAGUGAUGAAGAAUAUAGUGGAUUGCAAGACAGUGGCUAUUCAUCAAUACUGCAAAAUGACUCACCGUGUCAAGAUGAAACAGAUAACAAUGUGUCAGAUAUUCAACUACGCGAAACGCCAAAGAAUUUUGUGCAGUUCCAAAAACCUCUCCAUACUUUAUCUACAAAAAAUUUGCCAGCCCUUCGUUUUGAAGAAGCUAUGUGUUCUACGCUGAAGAAAAUGAGAAAAACAAGUAAAAAAAUUGACUGGAAUGCUGUUGAUGAUGUAGUUUGUGGUGGGAACUAUGGUCUUGAGAAUCUGAUUGGCAAGAAUAUGGGAUUGGAAAGAUUUGAUAUCCUUGCAGAACUUUUUCAUCGAGACUUCAAGCAUUUGCUGACUAAAAUUUUAAGGCACCUUAGUGCAAUGGAUUUGAUAAAUGUCAUCAGCGUGAGCACAACAUGGAGAAAAAUACUACAAAAAGAUAACUCGGCCUACAAUUCUUACAAAUUAGGAUGCAAGGAGCUUUGUGAAAAGAAAGCCAAAGUAUCUGCCCACACUGCAACCCGUGACAAGUCUCUCUGCCGUGUGCCUUUGGCGUCUGUUCAAAAAGUAGCAGCUUCGUCUCUCUGCACAUCAAAAAAGCAGAGUAAGAAUAGAGGCCUGUCUAAUAACAGACAUGCAGAAUUUAUUGAGGUUGCUCAGACUUUAAAGAAUGACCAAUGCCUUAAGGUUUGUGUAGACUGCAGCUCUCCAGCUAAAUAUGACCCAUACCUUCAUCGUGCCACCUGCACAAGAGAAAGCUGUAAAUUUGACUUUUGCACGCUUUGCUCUUGUAAAUAUCACGGUUCAAAAUGCUGCCAGACAAGCAAGCCACGGAGUUAUCGAGUUCCUUCAGAGCCAUUGCCCGGCAGCAAAAAAAGCAAACAGAACUUACGGAGGUUGUAGUUUAGGAUAUAUGAAUUUAAAUCACAUUGUUGGUAUACAUAUUUUAAAAAGGAAAUAUAUGUAUAUGCGCUCUGCUAUCUACGUUUUAGUAUUUUAAUGGAGCUAUACGUUUUAUGCCUUUUAUUUUGCUUACUCUUAAUGUUUAAAUAGUCUAAUUGGUGAAUUCAAAAAUCAACUUGGGUCAAGUUCGCUAUGGCCUAUUUUUUUUUAUUUUUUUUUUAUUUCCAAACAAGAUUUUGGAUUUCUAAGCUUUUAUGUAUUGAUAUCUCUUAUAAGGGAUCACCAAUAAGAAUUGCUUUUCUCAUUGAGGGAAAAUGUAUUUAUUAUAAAUUUGCCUUUUAGAGCAAAGUUUGUAAAUAGAUGUAAAUACGUAUUAUGUGAGUCUGUUCAUUUAUGUGUUCUAUGGUUCCCCUCUGUGUGCAGUAUAUUUUGCACUGCUUAAUAAAUUAUUGCAAAAUCUUUGAUUUAA